AUGGAAACGUUUGUGGACCAAAUGAACUACGCUUGGACUUAUUUCUGGGCAGGUCCGGAGAAGAAAGUGAAUGUAACUCUUUCGGACUGUGUCCACAACCACGCUCGCACUUUUCGCGAACCAGCUUUUCAAGAAGAGCAGAGAAAGUGGUUCCAUGUCUAUUUCGACACAGUCGCAGACAAAGGUGGCCACGGUUAUGUUUCCAGAAAAGAAUAUGAAGAGUUCCUGGGCCUUUUUGGCGUACAUCCUCUAUCCGUCUCUCCAUCGUUUGAGGCCUUGGACACAGCUGGUGAUGGUCAGAUCAGCAAAGAAGAGUUCGCUAAUGCCGGCAUUGGUUUCUUCUGCUGCACUGCAGACACCCCGGCAAAGUUGUUUUGGGGUCCGUUCUUGGCUUAA